AUGUACUUCUUCCUCAGGAACUUGUCCUUCUUGGAAAUCUGCUUCACCCUCGUAGUUGUCCCCAAACUGCUGGCAAUUCUCUUCUCUGAGAACAAGUCCAUCUCCUUCUCUGGAUGCAUAGCACAGAUGUUUCUCUUCUUUUUCCAAGGAACUGUCGAGUGCUUCCUCCUGCUUGCCGUGGCCUAUGAUCACUAUAUUGCUAUACACUACCCACUGCGCUACACGAGCAUUAUGAACAGGAGGAUGUGCAUCCAAGUCAUGCUGACCUUGUGGAUCUCAGGAAUCCCUAUGGGGACUAUGGAGGUCAACUGGCUCUUUAGUUUCCCAUUCUGUGGACCCAAUGAGGUGGAUUGCUUCUUCUGUGAUGACCCUCCUCUCAUAGAGCUGGUGUGUGCAGAUACCUACAAGUUUGAGAUGCAUUCCCACACGGCUACUGUAAUAAUUAUAAUGGUCCCAUUUGUACUGAUCAUAGUGUCCUACAUUUGCAUCAUCCAUACCGUGCUAAGGAUGACAUUAGCAGAGGGUAGAUGCAAAGCUUUUUCUACUUGUUCCCCCCACCACACGGUUGUGAUUCUGUUUUAUGGCACAAGCAGCUUGACAUACAUCUAG